CUGAACUUGCUACCUCUCUUUGUAUCUUCUGAUACAAAAAAUGUUCUGAAAGAGAGUUCAGAUUCUUCUCCAUUACCUGCCAACUUUCUCUUUGGGACUGCCUCUUCUUCUUAUCAGUUUGAAGGAGCUUACCUGAGUGAUGGUAAAGGUUUGAACAACUGGGAUGCUCAUGCCCAUAAACCAG